AAUGGCACAAAAAAUGUCCUUUUCACUAGACUGUGUAUACUGCUCUAGUUACAUUAAGUAUUUGCUGAGAUUUGAAUAGUAUGUCAAACAGUUUAAACCAAACGUUAUUUAACAAGUAUUCAGACAUCUUACAGCUGCUGUAAAUUUGUCAGGUUGGAGAAUAUCCCUACGUGAGGAUCCACAAUGUUGUUGGAACUAAGAUUCCUGUAAAAAAAUUAAAAAGAAAAAUUCAAGAUGUUGCUACAAAACCUAUUUUCCUGUGAUUGUUUCUAGAAAUGGUCGACAAAAUAGGUGUUUCGGGUGUAGAAUCUUUCUUCAGUGUAAGCAAAAGUCGUCACAUACCUCGGUGGCUUAACUGGCAUAAUUCAUUAUUAUAACGUUAACAGUUUUUAUUACAAAAGAGAGGUUAUGUACCCCAAAUGACUAUUUGUAAUAGUUUUGAAAUUUUGUUUCACAGAAUUUUUCUAUAUGGUCAGACAAAGCUUUGGAAUAAAAAAUCAAAAAAAAAAAAGAAGGCUGNGAACUAAGAUUCCUGUAAAAAAAUUAAAAAGAAAAAUUCAAGAUGUUGCUACAAAACCUAUUUUCCUGUGAUUGUUUCUAGAAAUGGUCGACAAAAUAGGUGUUUCGGGUGUAGAAUCUUUCUUCAGUGUAAGCAAAAGUCGUCACAUACCUCGGUGGCUUAACUGGCAUAAUUCAUUAUUAUAACGUUAACAGUUUUUAUUACAAAAGAGAGGUUAUGUACCCCAAAUGACUAUUUGUAAUAGUUUUGAAAUUUUGUUUCACAGAAUUUUUCUAUAUGGUCAGACAAAGCUUUGGAAUAAAAAAUCAAAAAAAAAAAAGAAGGCUGGUUUGCAAGAGAGACUUUCUUCAAUUUCUAACUCUUGUCUCUACCUCGUUUCCAUGAAAAGGCAUCAGUGUUAUUUUGCAUAUUUGACACAUUUUAUAAUUACGGCCUGAAAUCUGGUCAAAAGAACACUGGAGAAGUUGUACUAGUUCUCACGUAGCCCGAGUUACAAUGAAAAAUAGAAAUCUGAACAGUCGACUGCGUGUUGCAAUGCGUUCUCCUUUAUAGUAAUCUGCUACACAAGAAAUAGUGGAGAUAAUUAGCCAUUAAUAUGGCCUAAUUAAACGGUAAUCAUGAUACUUAUACUAAUAAUCAUAAUAACCGUAAAACAGAGCGAAAAAAAUUAAAGUACACUUUGCACAUAGUUAAACUUAAUAAGCCUCCAGCAAGAAACACAACGGAGCGUUACGACUUGACCAAGAAAAACUCCCUCACCAAUCAGCUUAAAGUUAUAGCAUUUGAACGACAUAAGGUCGGAACCUCAGGAAAUGCACUGAUUUUAGAGAAAACACAUUAAAAAGGUCAAAAAUCCAUGUAUGGUCAGAGAAUAAACAGAACAUUCGCAUGAGAUACGUUACAUUUGCAAUUAAACAAAUCAUAAAAUAAUAUUGUUGAAAUAGAAUUUUAGAAAGUGUUGUUUAAAACAGGCGUUUUGUGUGUAUUACCCUUCUUCAGUUGUAAGGAGGCAGCGUGGCCGAGCGAUUAGAGCGCUGGACUUGCAAUUCAGAGGCCCCGAGUUCAAGUCCCGCCCUGACCGCUUGCUGGAUUUGUACUCGCUAGUCCCGAAUUCAAAUCUUUGACCACACUUGUAAAUAGCUGCAGCUGGUUUGCCCCCGGCUAGUUGGGAUCCUUAACCCCGUUAUGUUUGAUUUGAAUUAUUUGUUUCAAUCAUUUGCUCUGACCCAAUAGCAUAAGUGCUAUAAACACUGCCGAGAAUAAAUAAAGGAAUGAUAAUAAUUGUUAUUAUUGUAAUACGUUCACCUUUCUAUUGAUUGGUUUCACAAGAAAUGAUACAAGAAAUGUCUUGUUCACUAGACAUUGCGUAUACUGCUCACGUUAUAUAAGUAUUUAGAUUUAUUAUAGUAUGUCAAACAGCUUAAACAAAGCGUUAUUUAAUAAGUAUUCAGACAUCUUACAGGUUCCACAAAUUUUUCAGGUUGGAGAAUACCCCUGCGUUAAGAUCCACAAUGUUGUUGGAACUAAGAUCCCUGUAAAAAAAUUAAAAAGAAAUAUUCAAGAUGUUGCUACAAAACCUAUUUUCCUGUAAUUGUUUCAAGAAGUGGUCGACAAAAUAGGUGUUUUGGGUGUAUAACCCUUCUUCAGUGUAAGAAAAAGUCGUCACAUAAC